UUAAAAUAUGUUGUAUAGUUAGUUGAUGCAUAAAGGCUUUUAUUUUAGCUAAAUGUAAAAGGUAGUUUAAGUCAUGUAAUUCCAUUUAGCACUAUAUAGUACGCAUUUCAGAUAGUUAUAGUAAAAAUUAGUUUUUUUCUGGCAUAUAUUCUUGCAUAAAUCAAAGUAUUUAAAAACAACUUCCUUUUUCUACAGAUUUAUUCAUUAUUUAGUCAUGAAGUCUGUUGAUCGCCCGCCCAGUAAUCCAAAAAGAUUAACUAUUGAAUCCAGUCAGGAGGUUUUUUCAAUUGACAUUUCCAGACGUACAAGAUCCAGCAGCUCAGCUCACCAAGGUGAUAUUCCUCAAAAUCAGGAACAGAAUGAGCCUCAGCCAGCCCCAAUCCAUCGUGUUCGCAGAAAGGCUUUAGCUUGUCGUUUAAAAAGACAACCUCCUGCUCCAGCCGCUCUCUCUGACGACGACUUCAUGGAUGCUCCAUCGUUAAAGCGUCAAUUCAGAUCUGCAUCACCUUCUCCUCCAGACCAAAUCAGCUCAAAGAAGUUAAAAGUACCUUCUCCUCAAGUUCCGACCGUGAAAAGAAGCCCAAAGUAUAAUAUCAUUGCCAAAAAAAACUCUCCUAAAAAGAAGUCUCCUGUCAAAUCACAGAAAUUGAAUAUCCGAUGCAUUCCCUUGGAUGUUAUUGUAUCAUCAUGGAUAAUGAGCGAUCGGCAGCGUGAUGCCGUCGCUAGGUUGGGAUUUUCUAGCAUAUUUGAUUUGCGAACUGAUGCAUUGGAGAGCAGAUCACUUAUCAGGUGGUUGAUGGACAAAUUAGAUCCAAAUGACAUGACCAUACGCCCAGGGGCUGGCAAAGAACUUAAGAUAACAAAAGAUACGGUUCAUCUCAUUUUGGGGUUGCCAUGUGCCGGAGGAGGUAGAGAGUUUACUGAUUGGUACGGUGAAAUCGAUGCUGCUGCUAAUCUGAGACGUCAUCUCAAUGUCUGUAAAGAAGAAUUUGAUGUUGUCAAGCUUCAAGAUAAGAUAGUGCUUGGCAACGAUGAUGAGCUAUCAAUUAGAUGUUUUUUUCUCAUUCUAUUCAAUCGACUUCUGUUUCCUUCUGCAUCUUGGGGCAUUACAAACAAUGAGGUGCUCAUGACUUCAAACAUGGCCCGAAUGGCUGAUAUUGACUGGUGUCAACUAGUUUACACGGAUUUGUGCGAUGCUGCCACACAUUCACUAUCUUGA